GUUUACUAGAUGUGUUUGUGUUUACUUUCACUUUCAGAUAAAAAUAACUUUUUAAAUAGUGAUUUUUGCGUUACAUAAAAGUCUGGUGAAAUGUGCGUUGUGCGCCGUUCAUAUUUAUAAUGAUUGCCACUCGUUUCGUGCAAAAUUCUUCGGUAAUACAGGGUAUUUUCAGAAGAAUUUCCAUAUCCAAUGGGGAUAUACGUAUUUCCAAUAAUUUUUACACUACAAGCGUUUUGGCGAAUAAGUUCAUAGAAAACGAGUCUACUGGCAGAAUAAGAUCUCGUUCAUUUGGCUCCAUACCACUCUUUAACAGUUCAAUAAGAAAAAUGGCAAGCAAAACAACCUCAGAUAGUAAGGAAACAGUAAAAAACAGAUUAAGUCUGGAAAAAUCUCCGUAUUUACUGCAACAUGCUACGAACCCUGUGGAUUGGUUUCCAUGGGGCAAUGAGGCCUUUGAGAAAGCUAAAUCGGAGAACAAACUAAUUUUUCUCUCUGUCGGUUAUUCCACAUGUCAUUGGUGUCACGUGAUGGAGAAAGAAUCCUUCGAGGACCCCUCGGUCGCGGAAAUAAUGAACACUUACUACGUAAACGUGAAAGUGGACCGAGAGGAGCGCCCCGACGUAGACAAACUUUACAUGUCGUUCAUACAGGCUACGGUGGGGGGCGGCGGCUGGCCAAUGAGCGUGUUCCUGACCCCGGAGCUGGAACCGCUCGCCGGCGGCACGUACUUCCCCCCGGAAGACAAGUACGGCCGUCCGGGGUUCAAAACCGUACUGAAAAACAUCGCGGAGGAGUGGCGGACGAAGCAGUCCGCCGUUUUGCACUCGGGGAAGUACAGUUUGGAUGUAUUGCGGAAGGUGGCCGAGAAGGAGCUGUCCGGCGGUCAGAAAAUCGAGGUGCCCGGAGUGGAGGCGGCGCAGAAGUGCUUACUGCAGCUGUCCACCUCUUACGAGGACGAUUUCGGGGGUUUUUCCACCGCGCCCAAGUUCCCGCAACCCAGCAACUUCAACUUCCUCUUCCACAUGUACUCGCGGGAUAAAAAAUCGGAACGCGGGUUUCAAUGUCUGCAGAUGUGCUUGAAGACGCUGCAGAAGAUGGCGUACGGCGGCAUACACGACCACGUCAACUGCGGGUUCGCUAGGUACUCAGUGGAUUCGCGCUGGCACGUACCGCACUUCGAAAAAAUGCUCUACGAUCAGGCGCAGUUGGCGGUAUCGUACUGCGAUGCCUUCGUCUUGACAAAGGACGAGUUUUACGCGGAUAUAGUACGCGAUAUUCUCACCUACGUUUCGAGGGACCUCAGCCAUGCCAAAGGCGGUUUCUACGGCGCAGAAGACGCGGAUUCUUACGCGUUCGAGGGCGUCAAACACAAGCAAGAGGGCGCCUUUUGCGUGUGGGAGUACGACGAGAUUUACAAUUUGUUGCAAGACGAUAUCACCGAGGGGGUAUCGCACGCCGACGUGGUUGCCUAUCACUACAACGUCAAAAAAGAAGGGAACGUCAAUCCGCGGCAAGACCCGCAUGGCGAGCUCCUAAACAAGAACGUUUUAGUCUGUUUCGGUUCCUACGAAGACACGUCGAGGCAAUUCAACACAACCGUGGAAACAGUGAAGGAAAUACUGAAAAAAUCGCACGAAAUCUUGUACGACGAGAGGCAGAAGAGGCCGAAACCGCACGUCGACACGAAAAUCGUCACGAGCUGGAACGGACUGAUGAUUUCCGGGUACGCGAAGGCCGGCUUCGUUCUGAAAGAUCAAUCGUACAUAGAUCGCGCCACACAGGCGGCCAAUUUCAUCCGCGAGCAUCUCUACGACGAGCAGGAGAAGACCCUGUUGCGCUGCUGCUACAAGGGCGACGACGAACAGGUGGUGCAAACCGCGACGCCCAUCGUCGGGUUCCUGGACGACUACGCCUUUCUGAUCCGCGGUCUCUUGGACUUGUACGAAGCCUCGCUGGACGCCGAUUGGCUGCAGUGGGCGGAAACGUUGCAGGAGCAGCAGGACAGGCUUUUCUGGGACUCCAAAGGGGCCGGAUACUUUACCAGCCCCGCAGGCGAUCGCAGCAUAUUGAUAAGAGGAAAAGAAGACCAAGACGGCGCGGAACCUUGCGGCAACUCCGUGGCGGUGCACAACCUGAUCAGGUUGGCCGCCUACCUGGACAGGCAGGAUCUGAGAUCUAAAGCGGGCCGCACACUUACAGCCUACGGUGAUCGUUUGAAGGCGAUGCCGGUCGCCCUGCCGGAAAUGACGUCAGCUCUGCUGUUCUACCACAAAUCUCCCACGCAGGUCUUCAUAGCCGGUGAGACGAAAGACAACGAGACUCAGGCUCUGUUGGACGUGGUGAGGUCCCGGUUUAUUCCGGGCCGGAUUCUGGCCGUGGCCGACGGGCCGACCGGCCGGGCCGGCCUGCUGUACAGCCGGCACGAGACGCUGAGCCGGUUGAAACCGGUUCGAGGCAAGGCGGCCGCCUACGUUUGCCGGAACUUUGCCUGCUCGUUGCCGGUAACCGAGCCGGGAGAUCUGGCGCAAUCUCUAGACGAUGGGAAUGGAAACGGAGAAGCGAAAUGAUGAAAUUUUUGUUGGUAUUGAAAUUGCACGUAAGUACUAACACUAAUGCUGUAUUUUUGUCGACAACAACUUAAUGGGCUGUGAUGAUUAAUGGGAUUACUUACGAAAAGAAAUUGUUAGUUUUUAACUAAAAUAAUGUUAUAUUUAUCAUAGUUUUACACUUUUUGUAGUUGCUUCCGUGAAGUAAAAUUUUAUUUUAAACAAUCUUGUUUAAUUAAUAAUACAAAAUAAAAAAGUUUUAAUUGUUUGUUAUAGGUACUUCUAAUAAUACCCCUGCAUAGAAUUUAAUUUUAUUGUAAAUAGUG